UUUGUUUCUGUCCGACUGAAGACAAGAGACGACAACUUGUCCUCCUUGGCAACAUGAAAAGUUUCUUCGCAGCCUCACAACUUUUUGCGGUUCUUCUGGUGCAGCUAGUACCUGCGCAGAUUUCAGACCAGCCAGAAGAGGCUCACUCAAGAGUGAUGACAUUCGAGGAGGUGUGGGUGAGGAGCACCUGUCGACCCAUGGAGCAGUUGGUGGACGUGGAGCAGGAGUACCCCGGAGAAGUGGAGCACAUCUUCAUACCUGCUUGCGUCCCACUUUGGCGAUGCUCCGGUUGCUGUCACGAUGAAACAAUGGAGUGUUACCCUACCCUUGAACACAACAUCACUCUGCAGGUAAUGAGGAUUUAUCCCAUGAAAUCUAUGCGAACUGUGGAACUCACUUUUGUGGAGCAUCAGAGAUGUGAAUGCAGACUCAGAAAGGAUCUUCUACAUAAUAAAAGCAACAGUGAGUCGAUCAAGAACAGACCUCGGAGGAGGAAGCACAAAAAGACAGCAAACGGAUGUGGCAAGUGCCCGUUCCCUGAAAACAAGAUAGGUCAACACUGAUUCAAACAUCUGUCCAAAGUUUAAUUUGGACGAAUGACUUUGUAGAGGUGAACAACAACACAUCUGGUGACUGAUCACAUCUGACAAAUCAUCUUCUAUGUAUAUCCAAACAUCUUUCCUCAUCCUGUGCAUCUACCAGAUGUUCAGUUUGGCAUCGUAUCCAUGCACUAUUUUCUUUUUUGAUUAAACAACAAUAUCAAACUCAUUUUGGCUAUGAUUGCUGUUGGUAAUGGCCGACAA